AUGGAUUCAAAAAGGGUUCUUUAUGACCUCCCAGCCCCGCGUCUUGUCCGAACUGUCCAUUCGGAUAACGACCUGUCUGUCUUCAUCCACGAUGAUGCCGUCCCUAUGUUCAGACCGUUCGGCCCUGGACAAAUGGGGUUCGCAACCUUCGACAGAAGAGAUGCCGUCCCUGCCAAUAACAGCCAUGCCUCGCCGUCUAUUAGCGAUGAUCUUCCUGGAUGCCCUCCAGGAGGUGUUACCUUCUGCGCUACUGAUUUUGUGCCUGGCACUCAGACGCCUAUGCAUCGCAAGCUCAUUAUGGACUACUGCGUAGCCAUGAGCGGAGACAUUGUUCUCGCCCUUGACAGCGGAGAAGAGAAAGUUACCAGAGAGGGGACAUAA